AUGGUUCACUUUAGGUACACGUGGAAGACGCAUAUAGCUUUAGUGUUACGCGAGCAACGGCGAGUGGACGCCCCUCUUGCCAGUGGAGGGAAACGCAUCUUUGAAACCCCAUCCGCCGACGAUGAUGGAUCGCGCCGCGCAAAUCCAGUUCCCAAGCAUGUGAUCCAGAGUGAUGGUGGUCGCGCGGCGCCGGGAGAGGCAACACCGCUCUGCUCGUCCUCCCAGCUCCAGUCAUCGCGGCUCGGGGCCCACGUCUCGCGGUCGGCUCGCUCGCCCUGGUUCUCGUUCUCGACCCUCGGCUGCGGUUCUGAACUCUCCGGCCCACUCGGCGACUUCGAGGAUCUCGUGUGUCCCUUCGUGGGCGCGUGCGAGGGCGAGAGGCCACUCAGGUCCUGGGGCUUCCUCCGACGCCGCCCCGGGGAAGCAUGUGGAGCCACGGGGCGUUCGCCAGCGUGGUCGCACGGCGGGGCUCCUGCACCUGCCUCGUGGGCCUCGCUCUUCUACUACUUGUUGCGGGGCCGCACGUGUCUCCGCAAGUGCAGCACGGACGCCGACUGCCUCAGCCGCAAGAAGGUCUGCCUCUGCGACGGGAUCUGCGGCAUGAGCUGCAUCAAGCCGGACAAGGAAUGCAGCGACCUGACAACCCCGGCUUCGGGCUACGUGGACGUGAAGGGGAAGGUGGUGGGCUCGCAGGCGACCUACAGGUGCCAGGAGGGUUACCACCUCAUCGGCCAGACCAUCCGACUGUGCCAGGCCAACGGGAUCUGGUCGUCAACACCACCUGAGUGCCACGAGAACCUGUACUGCACGGACCCCCCCGCCAUCCCCAACGCCCGGCACAGCGGCCUCACCGGCCAGACCCGCUUCGAGGUCAACCAGACCCUCAAGUACUCCUGCUACGAGGGCUACACCACGCAGGGCUUCGACGUGGCCAAGUGCUUCCUCUACAACAACACCAUGCAGUGGUUCGGACCCGAGAUCAAGUGCAUCCCCAUCAGCUGUGACGACCCCGGCGAGAUCCUGAACGGCUACAAGGAAGGGUCCUGCUUCACCUUCUCCUGCCGCGUCACUUACCACUGCCGGCCGGGCUUCGAGCUGGUGGGGCGCGGCAACCUCUACUGCCAGCACGACGGCACGUGGAGCCCCUCGGAGCGGCCGGCGUGCACGCCGGUGCAGUGCGACAUCCCCGAGGACCCAGAGAACGGCAAGAGCACCUUCACGCGUCGCAUCUACAACUCGGUGGUGUCCUACAAGUGCGACUACAGCUACAUGCUCGUCGGCCCCGAGACCAGGCGCUGCGGACCCGACAAGAAGUGGAGCGGCGUCCAACCCCAGUGCAAACAGAUCAACUGCGGACACCCGGGCCACCUCCCCAACGGCUGGCUGGAGAACAUCGAGCAAGGCACUGCCCUCGGCUCCUCCAUCAUCUUCCGCUGCUUCGCCAACAUGACUAUCGAGGGCGACCAGUCUACCGUCUGCCAGGCCGACGGCACCUGGAGCAAACCUCUGCCCAAGUGCCUGGCGCCCUGCAUCGUCCCCACCAUCGAGCACGGGCGCCUCAAGAACCGGACGCUGGCGGGGGCGCUGGUCACCCACGGCAGCGUCAUCGAGGUGGAGUGCGACGAACGCUUCGAGCUCGCCUACAGCCUGGCGCCGUCGCUCUGCUACAACGGCACGUGGACGCACUACCCGCGCUGCCAGCCCGCUCGGUGCAAGAAGCUGCCCCCGCGACCUCGACACGGCAUGGUGAUCGCCCCGCGGACAGACCACGGCAUGUGGGCACGGUACCGCUGCAGGGACGGCUACCAGCUGCAAGGCAACGCCACCACCAAGUGCAAGUAUGGCAACUGGACGGGCAGCACCCCGACCUGCGUCGAAGGUGAGGCGGAGGCCCUGCGUGCUGGUGUACUGUCGUUCCCCGGCGAAGUCGCAAACGGCGCGUGCUGUUGGUGGGCCAACAUGGGCAUGUACGACUACCGUUCCUACGUCAAGAAGGUCCGGAACAACCGCCAAAUCCGGUACGACUGCGACCGGGGCUAUUACCUGGUGGAGGGGCCGCCGGGAGCCACCUGCGUCGCCGGCCAGUGGAGCCCCAAGGAAAUGCCAAGAUGCGACCCUGACCUUCACCCGAGGAUCCGCUGGGUCAAGAGGUCAGUGGACAGCCGCGAGUACGAGGAGAUCCGAAACCAGACGGUGGCCGAGAACCUCGUCCUGUCGGGCGGAGACGACGCGUCGGACCAAGCUCCCGCCAGCGACGACAACCGCAUGUUCGUCGCGGGCCCGAAGGAGCGGCCGCGGGGCCCGGCGACGAGCCAAGCGACGAGCCAAGCGACGAGCCGACGAGCAGGCGGGGCCAGGGCCAGGACCCCAUCAUCAACGAGCACGACAGAGUCCGGCCGUUCACCUUCAAGGACGACGAGCGAAGCCCCGGCGGAGGUCAGGGACGCCCUCGAGGUGGGCAAGAAGCUGAAGAGUCCCCUCUACGACUUCUACCGGCUCCUGCGCGUCGAGAACGAGUCCUCCAGCGAAGUCGGGAAGAAGGAGGCGUGGCCGAAUCUCGUGCGAGUCCCGCGAGGAGCGGCCGAGAGAGAGAAGAAGGAGAAGAAGCGCAAGCAGAGGAACAAAUGGAAGAAGAAGGGCAAAAAAGUGCCCCGCUGCCAGGCCAUUCCGAGCCAGCCCUACCUGCGCGUGGAGGUGGCCCGCUCCGGCCGCGACAAGAACUACACGUACUCUGCGGGGGCGCGCAUCAAGGUGACCUGCCUGCACGGCUACGGCCUCAACAUCGGCAACAAGACCGCCAAAUGCGCCAAAGGCAAAUGGAAGCCCAAGAAACCAGAAUGCGUGACGCUGCCCUGCUCGGUGCCCAAGGUGGCCCAAGGGCAGUUCGACUUCAAUGGAGAAGCCCUGUCGGAAGGUGCCACCAUCAGCCACGGGGAGGUGGUCAAGUUUUCCUGCCAGGCCGGCUACAAUGUGCUUGGCUCUGAGACCAUGCGCUGCUGGUACGGCGCCUGGGCGGUCACCGGCCAGAACCCCAAGUGCCAACCAGAUCAGUGCGUCCUCCCGAAGCUGGACCACGGGAAGUACACGGCGGGAUACAAGAAGGGCCUCACCAUCAUCCACGGCUCCACGGUCGAGUACAUGUGCGACGAGGGCUGGAUCAUGAGCGCCGACGAGGUCACGUGUCAGCUGGGCAAGUUGGUGCCCUCGGCCCCCGCCUGCAUCGCCCCCGCCCGCUCCAUCAGCGUCAUGAACAUCGCCCCCGCGCCCGUCAAGAGGGAGGGCCCGCCAGACGGGGACAUCGCGGACGACGAGGACUCGAAGGACAAGAAGAGGACGUGCGGGUCGCCCCCCGACGUGCUGGGCGCCCUGGCCUACCGCGGGGACCAGCUCGUCGCCACAGACAUGGUCAAGUACACGGACGGGACGCAGAUCAACUACGCCUGCGACGCGACCCUGACCAGCGAGAACUACACGUGGAUGAUCAGCUGCCAGGACGGGGUCUGGGACGGCGAGCCGCCCGUCUACAUGCCCUGCGGCGACGGCGUCCCUCCGGUCAUCGACUUCGGCAACAUCUCCUGCAUCUGGAGGAAGACGGAGCCCAACGUGGUCACCUUCUACAACGACCAGGAAGUCACGGAGGAGAUGGUCGAGUUCGAGCCCGGAGCUAAGCUGGUGUCUCGCUGCGUGGAUAUCGGCAAGUACGCCCUGGAGGGAAGCGUUGAGCGACAGUGCAUCCACGGCCAGUGGACCGGAAACAAGUCUGUCUGCGUCGGCCUCAACCAGGAGAGCAACUACUCCCUGGACAAGCCGCCGACCAUUCUGUUCCGCAACGAGAAGGGCCCCAUGGCGCAGAGCAACGACGGGAAGCUGGUCGUGUACCCUGGCACCGUUCUCCACCUCGAGUGCCUCUUCACCCGCCGCCACGGAACGCCCAAUUGGAACGUCUCCCUGGCGAGCGCAGGCGACGACAUCAAGGGCAAACGCAGGAAGAAGAGCAAGGCCAAAGGGCGAGCGAAGGGCGGCAAGAAGCGGGGAGGGAGUUUCGCGCCCUACCCCAACGGCUGGGCGAACGCUCCCAACCGCAACAUCCAGCUGGAGUACCGCCUCUCGAUCUACCGGGCGCAGCCGAAGGACUCCGGCUCCUACGCCUGCGUCACUCCCAAGGGGCACAAGCACGUCGUCACCCUGGACAUCCGCCGUGUGCACUGCCCCAACAUCAACGUGAACGAGUCGGACAAGGUCGUCUUCGAGCCCAACGAGACCAAGAUGAACACGAUCGUCAAGUUCUCCUGCGAAGUCGGAUACUCCCUCGUCGGCGCGUCGGAGAUCAAGUGCCUGCCGUCGGGUAACUGGUCGGCGCCCUUCCCCCGCUGUGAGGACAUAGAGUGCCCGGACCCUCGCGAGAGCCCCACUGACCCACUCCUGAGGGUGACGGUCGUUGCGCGGGGCGUGGGCAGCCAAGUCCUGUACGACUGCCCCCGAGGACACCCCGUCAAGGGCCCUACCUCUGCCAUCUGCCAGGAAAACGGACAGUGGUCUUCACCUCCUCCCAGAUGCCAGGAAGACAACUGCAUCCCGCCCGCCGCCCCCGCCAACGGCACCGUGACGGGCGAGGGUCCCUUCCACGCCGGGGACAUGGUCGUCAUCAAGUGCAACCCCAACUACAUGCUGGAGGGACAGUCGCUGAUCGUCUGCCAGGAGGACGGGACGUGGUCGGAGGAGAUACCCAAAUGUUCUCUGGCGUGCACGUACCCGGGCACCAUCAUCUCGGGCAUCAUGAGCCCCAUCAAGUUCUACUACCCGAUCAACGACACCAUCACCUACACGUGCAACCCCAGAAACGUGCUGCGAGGCGUGCGCUCCAUCACGUGCCUGGAGGGAGGCAAGUGGUCGGCGCCCGUGCCCACCUGCAUCCCGGAGGAGUGAGCCCGAAGGAGGUCGAGGGGAGACUCCUGAGAACUGGGAAUUAAUCUGAGGGGAAGGAGGGAGAGGGAAGGAAGGGGGGGAAACGGAAGAGAAAACGGAUGGAGAAAUUUGGGCCAGUGUUCUGUCCGGUUCAUAAGUAUGUGGGGACUGGCGGGUAUUCCGAGGGCUUCAAAAAGGAUGUGGAUUUUCGAAAGAGGAAAUCUGUCGCCUUCUGGAGAAUCACCGAAGACAAUGCGGCCGCCACUGUCUGCACCGAAGAAAGGCCGACAGAAAACGCUCUCGUCCGCACCAGAGAAGAAGAGAAAAUACAGAAGAAAAAUAAAUCAGAAACCGAAGCGACCUUCCCGAACUCCCCGCGAACAAGCAAGAAAACAACACAUAUCAUGGCUAUAAACAUAUCAAGCAACGGACUCAAAAAAAUAAUACAAGAAGCAAUACGAUACACAUAUAUAUUUUUGCAGUAUAUGAUAAAUGUUAUGUAUGCUAUUUCCAUGCAGGGGAUUUUGAAGAGACUAAGCUGGCUGUGGGUUAGGAAAUGCGCUGGGAUUCGAUUUUCUAUUCAAACUUUGCACCCGAGUUGAUGAACACAUGCACAUAUAGGUAUGUAUGUGGACGGAUGAGUUCAUGUGUGUUUACAUACAUACAUGCACACAU